CCAUUUUCCACCCUCGGAAUUUGGAGAACAAGAAAGCGGGUUUUAUUUUAGCGUGUAACUCAAGCAAGGCUGAACAAAUACAAGUUCUAGGUCUAGAUCAUUCAGUUCAGACUUGAGUAAGGUUUCUGGCAUUUAUCGAAUAAGGAGUGCCGACGGAAUCUCGGACAACGCCAAAAAGAAUAAAAGAAAUCACCGAAUACUACAGGAUGGCUUCCAAUCCUCCUGCAGCAUGCUGCAGCGUUGGCGUGAGGCACGAAGGCACGCCUACUGGCCAGAUGGUGAUGAUAGAGAACAAGUGGGAUGCAUAUCUUGCGCUGCCGCCAGAGGGCAAGGCCCACAAAGACGUCGUGCUCCUCUACCUGCCCGACGUCCUUGGCAUCUGGCAGAACAGCAAGCUGAUGGCAGACGACUUUGCUGCCCAAGGCUACACAACCCUGGUGGUUGACACUUUCAACGGCGACCCGGUGCCGCUCAACAUCUCACUUACGGCCAUUGAGAAGUUUGACUUUGUCGGCUGGAGGGACUUUGGCACGAACGGUGACAACCCCCACACCUAUGAGGCUGUUGACCCCAUUAUAGAGGCGGCCAUCAAGGUGCUCAAGAGGGACCACGGCGCCAAGAGGAUUGGCGCCGUCGGGUAUUGCUUCGGAGCCAAGUAUGUCGUCCGUCACUUCAAGAAUGGUAUAAACGUGGGCUUUCUCGGUCACCCUUCCGACGUGACCCAGGAGGAGCUCGACACCAUCUCGGGCCCGUUGGCCAUCGCCGCAGCCGAGACGGACAGCAUCUUCACGACUGAAAAGCGCCACCUUUCCGAGGAGAUCCUCAAGCGCUCAGGGCAGCCUUACCAGAUCAACCUGUAUUCUGGUGUGCUUCACGGGUUUGCCGUCCGCGGCAACAUGUCCAACAAGGUUGAGCGGUACGCCAAGGAGCAGGCUUUUAUCCAGGCCGUCACUUGGUUCAACACCUGGUUGUUGUGACUCCCCGAGAAGGCUAGUUUGUGACGGUUGUGGGGAAUAGUCAUUUCGUCUACACCCCCAAACAAAACGGUAGAAGCACGACUAAGAUGAUGCCCAGCCGGUUUGGAUUGGAAGUAGUGGGCUUUUAUACAACCAGCCUUCUUUUCUCACCAUCUUCCUCAAGGCAACAAUUAGUACGAUAUGCCCAGACUCAUACCUAAAUAGACAAUCACUGCUAGCAAGAAUGUUCAAGCAAGAGAUACAGCUACAGACUAAUAUUACAUUCUCCUGGAUGAAUCAUGUCUUUGAGCUGGCUUGUUAUUAUCACGCCCUGCUACCCUGACUUGAGAGCUUCUUUUCUUUCGCUAUUCUCGGUAAUGCUCCGGAGAAGCAAAAUAUUAUACUUUCUGCC